AUGGGUGGAUGUGCAAAAUCAAGAAACUAAAUUGCAGAUGAUGUUCUUCUUUCUAAACAUGAAAGAUUGAGACUAGAAAAUUUUACUUCAAAGACUAAUAUUAGAGAUGUUUACACUUUUUCUAGCGUUUUAGGUAAAGGAGGAUUUGGCACAGUGAAGUUAGCUGCUCUGAAAAACGGUGUCUCUGAUAAGAAGGUUGCAGUGAAAAUCAUAGAAAAGAACCGUUUGAAAAACAAGUAGUAUAUACUUUUGAGAGAGUUAGAAAUUCUUAGAUCAUUAGACCACCCAAACAUUAUUAAAUUUUAUGAAGUUUAUUAAGAUGAAAUGUUUUUUUAUAUUUGUAUGGAAUAUUGUGCCGGAGGAGAGCUUUUAGAUAGAAUUACUAAAGCCCGUAAUUUUAGAGAACAAGAUGCGGCCUUAAUUAUGGACAAAGUAUUUUCAGCAAUAAAUCAUAUGCAUUCUAGAGGAAUUGUACAUCGUGAUAUUAAACCUGAAAAUAUACUUUUUGUAAGUAAAAGUCCUGAUUCUGAAAUUAAAAUAAUCGAUUUUGGUUUGUCAGUAAAAUGUGAUGGGAUGAAGGAUUUAAGUACUAUGGUAGGAACUCCUUUGUAUGUCUCGCCAAACGUGCUCAGGGGUCGCUAUGAUAGCUCUAGUGAUAACUGGAGUGCAGGAGUUAUUUUAUAUGUACUUCUCGUUGGAUACCCUCCGUUCUAUGGAAAAAGCAGAGGUGAAGUUUUCCGAAAGAUAGAAAAGGGAGUAUACAAUAUGGAAGGAAAAGAAUGGGAUACUGUAUCUUCAGAAGCCAAAGACUUAGUAAGGAAGUUACUAGUUGUAGAUAGUAAUAAGAGAAUGACAGCAGCCUAAGCUUUAAAACACAAGUGGAUAGUGAAGCACAAGAAAAUUUAGGAGUGGACAUAAUUUAAACAUUUCUCAACAAUCGGUAGUAUGGAUUAAAUAGACCCCAAAAUAUUGACUAUGCUAUAAAAUUUUAGACAGCCUACAAAAUUUAAAAAUGAAGUCAUGAAAAUCUUGAUUAACUAGCUAAAUGAAAAGGAAAUAGAACAGCUUAAAUUUGCUUUCAAGUAGAUGGAUACAGAAUAAACUGGAGAAAUAGGAAUAGACUAGCUUAAAGAAGUCAUGGAAUAAAAUGGCUUUAAACAAACAAAAGAGCAGUUAGAAAAAAUAAUUAGAAGUAUUAGUCCUAAUUAAGAUGGAAAAGAUUUAGUAAUUAGAUAUAGUGAAUUCUUAGCAGCCACUUUAGACUCAGUCGUAUAUUUAAAAUCUGAGAAAAUAUGGUCUUUAUUUAAGUAUUUUGAUCCCUCUAACAGUAACUUUAUUACAAUUUAAGACUUGAAAGAAAUUUUCUUGAGAAAUGGUAGAAAUAUUCCUGAAGAAGAGCUUAAACAAAUGGUUAAGGAAGUUGAUCCAAAUAAUGAUGGAAAGAUAUCUUUAGAAGAAUUCAAAUUAUUGAUGAAAGGAGAAGAUAUAGAUUUUAAGAGUUGA